CCUAAAGAAGUCCUAACAACCACAGCACUCCGGUUUUGAAGCAAACCGAAGACAAAGUAGAGAAGGAAAACCAUGAAUUCUGUUCCCAAGAAUUCCCUGAAGAGUCCCCUGCUGGAGCUGGAAUGUUAUUUCACAUGGAAUUUGCCGAAGGAAGAUGUGGAUCUUGAUGAGAUGGAGGAGAAAGUAAACCAUCAGAUCGAGUUCUUUACAAAAUCCAAGAUCGCCAACUACAAUCUGCUGUCCUAUCUAUGCCACCUAAACAAUUCAAACGAGGAAGCCCUGAGCAAUCUCCACAAAGCUGAAGAAGAAGUUAAGAAAAACCAUCCAGAUGAAAUCGCAAGGAGAAGCCUCGUUACCUGGGGGAACUACGCCUGGAUCUAUUACCACAUGGAGAGGUACGAAGAGGCUCAAACUUACGUAAGCAAAGUGAAAAACGGCUGCAAAAAACUCCUAAGCACUCCUCAGUGGAAGGCUCAGUGUCCUGAGAUCUACGCCGAGGAGGGAUGGGCAUGUUUAAAGUUCGGCAGGAAAUACCACAGGAGGGCAAAUGAUUGCUUUGCAAACGCUCUGCAGCAGGAACCAAACAACCCAGAAUUCAACGCCGGCUACGCCAUAGUGGUGUAUCGCUUGGAAACCCCUUUUAAGAGGCAGAGCCUAUCCCUAGCGCCCCUGAAGCGUGCAGUAGAACUGGACCCAGAGAACACUUUCGUCAUGGUGUUACUUGCAUUAAAACUUCAGGACUUAAACCAAACGGAGGAAGGGGAGGUUUACAUUGAAGAGGCGAUGAAGAAAGCUCCCGAUCUUCCUUACGUCCUGCGGUACGCUGCCAAAUUUUACAGGAGGAAAGGAGAGCUCCGCAAGGCAAUGGAGAUUUUGAAGAGGACCUUAGAAGUGACACCGAAUUCUGCCUUUUUCCACCACCAGCUAGGGCUCUGCUACAGAUGCGAGUUGUUUCAGCUGAAAGAGGCUACGAGAUACCCACCUCGAGAGCAAGUGGACAAACUCAUCCAGCUCUGCAUUUUUCACUUUAAAACAGUGAUAGAGAUAAAACCGAAAUUUUUUUAUGUCCACAUGGACCUGGCAAAUAUGUACACAGAAGCAAAGAGGUAUGAGGAAGCAGAAGAGGUUUUUCAGAAAGCAUUCCAGAUAAAUAUUCUGUCUGAAGCUGAUAAAGAGCAACUCUACUACUGUUAUGGCACUUUUAAGCACCUCCACAUGAGGAAUGAAUCUGAAGCCAUUGAGUACUACACAAAAGGGCUGAAAAUGAAACCGCACUCUCCUUACUCUGCUAAGUGCAAAAAUGCUCUUAAGAGCUUGUUGGAGUGUAGAAUUCAGAGAGGUUCAAGGGAUGCAACAGAUUUUGGCAGACUUGGAUUUGUUUAUAAUCUGAGUAAUGAGAAACAUGAAGCAAUCAGGUGCUAUGAGCAAGCACUUGAAUUGUGUCCUGACAGUGAAGAAUACCUGAGUGCUUUAUGUGAGCUGAGACUUUCCAUCUCUAGCUCAAGCCCCCCAAAUCCUUCACACGUCAAAAAUCCCAGUAUGAAAACUCAAGACAGCAAAACAGACAGGCAAAAAAAAUUUUAGUUCUAUAGAAUCAUAGCAUGUCAGAGGUUGGAAGGGACCUUCCAAGCUCAUCCAGUCCAACCCUCCCUGCCAGAGCGGGAUCACCUGUGCCAGAUCACACAGGAACUCAUCCAGGUGGGUUUGAAUAUCUCCAGAGAGGGAGACUCCACAACCCACCCCAGGCAGCCUGUUCCAGUGUUCUGUCACCCUUACAGUGAAAAAAAUCCCCCCCCGUGUUUAAACAAUUCUGUGGUUUCUGCUCUUUUUUGCUUUUUUCUCGUGCUAUAUCUGUGCACCUUCGUAGUCCUUUCCCUGCCAGAGGCACAUCCUCCUUCCUCUGCUUGAAGCCACGUUCCUCACAAUGGAAGUUAACAUCUCUUAGUCCCUUCUCAGCAGGACCGAGCCCUUCAAGGGGAAGAUGCAAUUAAGAUCACUAAAUCAUAGGACUUGACCACAUCUUGGUUGGAACGUUGAAGGGAUUUUCGUUGUUGUUUCCCAUUUACAGGAAGGAGGAAACCCAGGGCCCCGUGGGGAUGUUGCUUAGCAACUGAGUCAGACCUGCAAGCCAUUAAAUGCAAAAAGAUAAAAUGUAAAAAAAAAAAA